GCUCUUCGCACAUGCGCAGGGAGAAACGGCGGAACUCACUAGAUGCCGGUUUGAAAAGCGUUGACCGCCAUUAGGUAAAAGAAACUCGGCGCGUGGAGCGAGCUGUUAAAUUGCUUUCAAUCCGAACGGUGUUAGGAGAUGGCUUCUGAGGAUAUUUCUCAGUUGGCGGACUCUCUUGCGAAGACUCAAGUGGGUGGAGUAGAGCUGAGUUUUAAAGGCCGUGCCCUAAAGCUUGACACAGCCGGGGCUGCGACUGAGAUUAUUGAAGAGAUUGAGAAAUUCGAUAAUCUACAAGCGCUCUGCUUAGAAGGCAAUACAAUUGGCGUGGAAGCCGCUAAGGCCAUUGCUAAAAGCCUUGCUGAUAAAAAGGAAUUGCAGAAAUGCCUCUGGAGUGAUAUGUUCACAGGACGCCUACGGACUGAAAUUCCACCCGCUUUGAUAUCCCUGGGCAACGCAGUAAUGAGUGCGGGAGCCCAGCUGACACAGCUGGACUUAAGUGACAAUGCAUUUGGGCCUGAUGGAGUCCGGAGCAUUGAAACCUUGCUGAAGAGCAAAGCGUGUUACACAUUACAGGAGCUACGACUGAAUAACUGUGGCAUGGGAAUCGGUGGUGGCCAGAUUCUUGCAGCGGCACUCAGUGAGUGUCGCAGAAAUUCAAGUGCAUUGGGAAAGCCAAUGGCACUGAAAGUUUUCAUUGCUGGGAGAAAUCGUCUGGAGAAUGAAGGUGCCAUCGCACUGGCUGGUGCUUUUAAGUCCAUAGGAACCCUGGAGGAGGUGCACAUGACACAGAAUGGAAUAAACCACCAAGGCAUUACAGCAUUAGCGAAGGCCUUUACUGAAAACCCAAACCUGAGGGUUAUAAAUCUUAAUGACAACACCUUCGCUGAAGAAGGAGCUAUUGCUAUGGCUGAGACACUGAAGACUCUACAAAACAUUGAAGUUCUAAAUUUCGGAGAUUGCCUGGUGCGAUCAAAAGGAGCUAUAGCCAUUGCUGAAGCUGUAAAACAUGGCUUAAAGAAACUAAAGGAAUUGAAUCUUUCAUUUGGUGAGAUCCGGAAGAAUGCUGCAAUCACAGUGGCUGAGGCUAUGGAAGAUAAAUCUCUGCUUGAAAAACUUGAUCUAAAUGGAAAUUGUCUUGGAGAGGAAGGCUGUGACCAGUUGCGGGAAAUCAUGGACAGUUUUAAGAAGCAAGAUUUGCUGACUUCUCUCAGUGACGAUGAAAGUGACGGUGACGGAGACGGAGAUGAAGAUGAUGAGGAAGAGGAUGAAGCGGAGGAGGAUGACGAUGACGACGAUGAUGAUGAUGAUGAUGAAGAAGAAGAGGAGGAAGAAGGAGAGGAGGAAGAGGAGGAAGAAGAAGCAAGAGAAGAAGAAAAGGAGCAAGUGAAAGUAUCACCAGUUGAACUGCAAAUAAUUGAAUCAUCCAUGAAAACAAUUGGAAUCGCAACAGAACCAGAAGCUGCAACCUUCUUGGCCUUUCCAUCCCCGGACAAACUGCUUAAACUAGGGCCUAAACGUUCGCAUUUGCUAUUACAACAGACCGAUCUAUCAAAUGCUGAAAAAGUUGUUCAAACAUUUCUGAAAGUAUCUGCAGUCUACAAAGAGGAUCAGGAAACAAAAACAGCUGUACUAGAAACUGCAGAUGAACUUUUGCAGAAAGCAUUCAUGACGCCUGGAUUUCAACUAGAUCUUUUCAUCACUACCCUCUUGGUGCAUAUGGGGCUGCUGAAGAGUGAGGAAAAGAUUAAAGUGAUCAGUAAUCUGAUUGGGCCUCUGACAGUCCUCAAACAAGUCAUUCAGAAAAACUACUUUCCACGCUCCAUCAUCCCUAUUUUGAGUGCAUUCCUCAAUAAGCAUAAUCGUGCUUUUGACAGCUGUCAAAAUGCCAAAUGCAAUCUGUUGGAGACCAUGGCGAAUCUUUAGUACCCCGGCUGUGUUGUAAUCGGUGCACCAAGCCAAGGACAUGGACUUUUGAGCAUAUCCAUAUUAUGGAAGAACCGCCCAGCAGCUGCAGAAUGCCUCUGGCUACACAGUGCAAAAUGCUUCAUCUUCUUCAUGCUACAGACUGGAUUCUUGCUUCUGUCUGGAUGGGAAAUUUAACUCAAAAGCUGUCGAGGCUUCCGUGACAACUUGCUGCAGACUCUGGCCAGUGCUUUCUUCUCAGCUAGCUGCUAAGGAAAGCAAAGUUGGAAUUAAACGUUGGUGACUGGUGGCUCAUCUUGUGUCUCCUUCUGCUGUUUUUGGUGGUGGGAGAUGGUGAGAGGAGAAUGGCCAUAUUUCCUUGACAUUCAACAAGCAUUGUUUGGUGUAACUUAAGUUGUGACCCUUUAUCAGACUCUUGGUGCUUGCUUAAAAAAAAAAAAAAUCCCCUGUAUCAUAUCACGGGUUUGCUUAUCUGGAGAGAAAGGCAUACAUUAUUACUAAGUGAUAGUUGUUUAUUUAUGAAAUUAGUUGGUGGGGUCAAAUGCUAAAGCAAAAAGUCCUUAAAUGGACAUAUAAAGCUCUUCCAACAUAAUAUAUCUCUGCAGUUUAUAGUACGAGGCAAGUUUCUAGUAUCCCAGCGAUAUGACUGUUGGGUCAAUGUUAUUUGCUGAAGGAUCGCUUCCUCAAUCCUCUAGUCUGCACUAUCUACCUCCCCUAAUGAAGGAUUUGUUCUAUAGAGAAUUUUAGGAAUCGGUUUGUGUAGUUUUGUCUUUUGUUCUCAUUGUUCCCAUCCAUCUCAUUCUUCCCCCUCACCCCCACUACCAGAAAAAAGUAAUCUCAAGCACUCUAUGAUGGAAUGAAGGAAUUAUUCAUUUGCAGACAGUCAUAUCACCAGUCCCCUCUGGUCUGCACUAUACGAAACUGAUGAUGAUGUGGGGAUAGCAUUCCAGCUUUUGACAGGUUGGACACUGGCUUGGGUUGUGAUAUUUUUUCAUCUUUUGACUAUUACUGGAAUGUGUGCUUAAGUCUGUUCAGAAAUCAAGACUGUUUAAUUGUCAUAUGUACCAACAAGGGAACAAUGAAAUUCCUACUUGCAACAUCUCAACAGGCCUGCAAACACAAUACACAAAGAUAAUAAUAUAUAGGACACACAAAAAAUGAAUAAAUUAAUAACCCCACUACUUGUGCAAAGAAAAAAACCUGAGGACAGAAUUGAAAUUGUCUUUUAAUGGUGCCUAAAUAUAAAUAGCUCAUCCGAGCUUGCCAUCUAAUCUUGAGUGCCGAUUGUGACAUCUCUCCAGAACCAUGUUGUACCAAACAUUAUUGCCUUCUGGCAAAGAGGGAAAAUAAAUAAAUAGAAUAAAAUAA